CAGUCGAGGUGAAUAUUAUAACGCAUGCGGUGAGCGGAUCUCGAUUUAUAACCUCAAUAAUAGACCUACAUAGGCCAGUAGGUCAUCCAUCUACAUACCCGAUGCCUUCAAGAUAUGCUUACCGUAUACUACAGUGUAUUGGAUAUAGGCAUUUCAUUGAUUAAACAUUUCGUGAGGUUCAUGUACACUGAUGUACCGGUAAAUAUCAACAUGGAGGCGAGCGGUAUAGAAAUGUCAGAGAAAGUAGAAAGAAUCGAGGCCAUGUUCACUGCAAUUAAGGAAGGCCAGGCAGGAGAGGUCGAGGCCCUCGCUAAGCUUCUCACUGACAUCAACAUAAAUGACCUGGAAGAACUCGAGCAAUACCGGUGUUAUGAUACUCCACUCACUCUUGCAAUCAAGCAGCAGAAUACAGAGAUUGUGAAGGUUCUUCUUGACAAUGGCGCAUCUCCUAAAGCAGAGGAUGGUUAUAAGUAUGAUACUCCGCCAAUGCACCAUGCUGUUAUGACCAAGAGUGUUGAGAUGGUCAAAAUGCUCAUCGAAUUUGGUGCUCUCGUAGAUGACGUGGACAGUUCCCGUCGUACUCCUUUGGUGGUUGCAUGCAGAAAUGGCGACUUGGAUAUGGUACGAUUCCUUCUAAACCGAGGAGCGAACAUGGAACAUGUCACAAAAUACGAAGAAAUCCCCUUAAACCUCAGGAUGCAUUUUGAUUAUUCGACACGGGAGUUUCUAGACAGGCGAAUCGAACCAUGGAAUUCGAAUACCCCUCUGAUCGAGGCGUGCCGUUUUAGGCACCUCCAUGUUGUCAAUGAGCUUAUCGAGCGAGGGGUGGAUAUCAAUAAUACACCGCGGGCGGGGAAGACAGCGCUGCUCGUCGCGGCAUACUGCGAGACCCCAGAACCUUAUCAUUUUGCCUUGGAUGACAGCGCGAAGUUCAACAUCAUGCCCACAUGUCCACCAAUCCUGAGAUUGCUUAUUGAGAAGGGUGCAGACGUAUCCGUCCGUAACGAAUUCGGGGAGACGGCGUUGAGAAGAGUGUUGGUACAGAUCUGUACUAUAUCACGCUAUACUCAUCCGACUGAAUACGUCGCGCAGAGUUUACAGUAUUAUUUCAUGAACUUUUGUCUCUUAGUCAAAUCAGGUUGCCCUCUCGACCUUUCGUACGUGAUCGACCUCGAUACUCGCCCGCACAUUGAAGACGAACAAGAUGUCGAAACACUGCAUAUUCUAUCAGAAGCCUACUCUGCGAUAAAACCCGUAGCUAACAAGAUUGAUCUGGAUGAAGUGUACAUCAGCGCCAUGACCGCUGCUGUACUCUCGGGUCUAAAGCCUGAAAAGGACGCCAUAGCUGCCAUUGAGGAGCGCCUACAGAUCUCCAAAACUAAAGACAGUGUUCUGAGUUUGCUGAAAGUGGUUAUGAAUGAAGGAUACACCCUGCGCCAAUUAUGCCAAAUCAGAUUAAGUAAGUUGAUAAGGUGCCCUCUCUUGACCAACGUCAUGUCAAGGGAUUUCAAGCUGCCCAUAUUCUUGAAGAAGUGUAUCUUAUUGGACUGUGAUGUGCCGACGAACAGCUGGUUUGAUGAACCUUUUGAUACGAAAUAUCCUGGCUACGGACCCUUGGAACUACCUUGGCCAUAAACCUAUUCAAGUUGCUAGCUGACAGUGCUUGCAUGGUCGUAGAAAGCACUAACAACAUAGACCGCAGAUCUGAUAUGUUGUUACAAAAUGAUAAAACAGAUAAAACAGCUGGUUUGAUGAACCUUUUGAUACGAAAUAUCCUGGCUACGGACCCUUGGAACGGCCUUGGCCAUAAACCUAUUCAAGUUGCUAGCUGACAGUGCUUGCAUGGUCGUAGAAAGCACUAACAACAUAGACCGCAGAUCUGAUAUGUUUGUUACAAAAUGAUAAAACAGAUAAAACAGCUGGUUUGAUGAACCUUUUGAUACGAAAUAUCCUGGCUACGGACCCUUGGAACGGCCUUGGCCAUAAACCUAUUCAAGUUGCUAGCUGACAGUGCUUGCAUGGUCGUAGAAAGCACUAACAUAGACCGCCGAUCUGAUAUGUUUGUUACAAAAUGAUAAAAUAAAGCACGUUGCAAAACUGAUUACAUAUUUGCAAAAGUUUUAAAGAAGAUUCACUGGCAUGUAACAUUGUGUAACUUCAUGCCAGUGUAAUGUUUUGACUGAUUCCAUUUUUUAGUAGUUUCCCUUGUUUGAACGCAUGUUUUCUAGCAGAUUGUUCACAGUAUAACGCCGCUAAUUGACAAUGUUCUUAUAUCUUCUCAUCACGCCAUGUGUGGUAUUUUCUUGCCAGUUCGUCGCUCCACCUAACACCAUUGAGGCCUCAAUCCACAGUUGAGGCUAGACACUCUCCUCAUUCGUUCCAGCAGCAUCUUCGACAGCCCAUCAGCCGUGGGGCGGCGCUCGGGGACAACAUUCAUACACUUUUUCACAACAUCGUUCAAAUGCAACUUAAAGGCUUUCGAUAACAUACCGAGAAUGUAGCCCAAAGCGUAAAUAUCUGACUUCUUAGAGACGUUUUCUCCGGUGUAGAGUUCUGGCGCAAGGUGUUCGAAUCGUCUAUCAUCAGCCAUUUCAAAAGGCGUUGCUGCACUCUUCAUAACAGAUAUUCCGAAGUCAAUAACAUAAGGCAUCCACUGUCUCUCUUCCCGCCGC